GCGGGGCGGGGGCGGGCCGGGCCGUGCUCCGGCGGGCGCUGAGCGCGGCGGGAGCGGAGCGGAGCAGGGCGGCAGGUUUUGGUUAGUGUUUUAGACUCACAACCUAUUUCUCUGGAGCUGAUGUUUUCCUAGCACCUUUCAACUUGGCUUUAAAAGCUACUUUGCUGGAAUGUUUUAAACGGUUAAAAGUCCUCUAGGAUUUGAAGUUUAUUUAAAUUAAUUGAAGGAAAUACUUCUGGCCUCACCAAAGAAAUAACUGGAAUCAUGGAUCAGAACAACAGUUUGCCACCCUAUGCUCAAGGCUUAGCCUCCCCUCAGGGUGCAAUGACUCCGGGAAUUCCCAUUUUUAGCCCAAUGAUGCCAUAUGGCACAGGACUGACACCACAGCCUGUCCAGAGCACCAACAGUCUGUCUAUAUUAGAGGAACAGCAGCGGCAGCAGCAGCAGCAACAAGCAGCACAGCAAUCUACAUCACAGCAAGCAACACAGGGAACAUCUGGUCAAACUCCCCAGCUCUUCCAUUCACAGACUCUUACCACAGCCCCUUUACCAGGAACCACACCUCUGUACCCCUCUCCAAUGACUCCAAUGACACCAAUAACUCCUGCAACACCAGCAUCAGAGAGUUCUGGGAUAGUGCCACAACUACAGAAUAUUGUGUCCACAGUGAAUCUUGGUUGCAAACUUGACCUAAAAACUAUUGCGCUUCGUGCCCGAAAUGCUGAAUAUAAUCCCAAGCGUUUUGCUGCUGUUAUUAUGAGAAUAAGAGAACCACGUACUACUGCACUGAUAUUCAGCUCUGGAAAAAUGGUGUGCACAGGAGCAAAAAGUGAGGAGCAAUCCAGACUGGCAGCAAGGAAGUAUGCAAGAGUUGUUCAGAAACUGGGUUUUCCUGCAAAAUUUUUGGAUUUUAAAAUUCAGAACAUGGUGGGCAGCUGUGACGUGAAAUUUCCCAUCAGACUGGAAGGAUUGGUACUCACACACCAGCAGUUCAGCAGCUAUGAGCCAGAAUUGUUUCCUGGAUUAAUCUACAGAAUGAUCAAGCCAAGAAUUGUACUGCUUAUUUUUGUUUCUGGAAAAGUGGUUUUAACUGGUGCUAAAGUACGAGCAGAAAUCUAUGAAGCAUUUGAAAACAUCUAUCCUAUUUUAAAGGGAUUCAGAAAGACAACGUAACAGUUUCUACAUGUUUCAGAGAAAUCAGGGGUCUAUUUUAAAAGGUAUUGUGUAUGGCACAGCAGUAACAAGAGACGGACUUCCAGUGCAACUGCAACACCAGGACUUGGACUAUUUCCCAGUUAGUGCCUACUUCCCUGAUGGUCAAGGGGAACUGUAUUCUUGAAUAUGUCUACUGAGUUACUGUGAGUUGCUUUACUGGGCUGUUCCUAGAGCAGUCCCUCUGAUUUUUAUUUAUAUUCUAGCUUUUAAAUAGUUUUAAUGCCAGUUCUAUUAAUAGGAAAUCUGUAAGUUGGUUUAAAGACGAAUGCAACUGUGUCACUCAGUGUAUAAACCACUUAAAUUGCCAUGUAUAUAUGUUUUAAGUUCCUUCCAUAAGACCAUGAUUUUAUAAUUUUCAGAACUUUAACUUUUAAAUUUUUUCAACUUUAAUUUCUUUGGUGCCAGACACAUUCCCGCUUUCCAGUAUUAAACAAGAUAGGAUAAAUUUAUUAAUGAAAAUGGCUCACUGUACAUAUAUAUAUAUAAUACAUACCUUUCUUCUCUUUCCUUCUUCAGCUCCACAUGUACAAUAAACCCCGUUUAUACAACUAUGGGAACUGUCUUAAUAAAUUUUAAAAUUACCCAUCUGGUAGAGUGAAAUA